GCUCUUUACAUGGUGGUCUUUGCUGUGAGUAUCCUUUACUACACCCUGACUCAUCCAUUGAUAUCAGAGAAGAGCUUUAUUACCAAACUGUUGAAAUUAUUGCGUCAAGGGCAAACUCGGGCUGGAUGUGGUUCUAUAUUCAGCGAAGUGGGAGCCAUUUGUCACAGUUCAAAAAAAGGAACCUGAUCAUAAUAAAAGUCGUUUUUCUGUGAAAUAUCUUAGAAAUAACACCUCAGUUGCAGCUACAAAGCCCACAGAACGCUAAUGCUAACUUUCACAAACAAUUAUUAUACUAUUUUCUUUUAAUUCACUGGAUGUGUAUUGCAUUUAAUUUCCCUGCUACAACUAAGGUAGGGCCAGUAUGAGAGAGGGGAGGAGAGGAGCGCAGUGGCACUUAACUGGUUUUGUUAUGAGGGCCCGGUGUGUGCUCUGGCUGGCGUUGCAGAGCCCCAAUCAGGUGCCAUUACACCCGGUGUUUGAGAACACCAUUGGCUGGUGGGGAAAGGAGCUGUGCGCAAAACCAACCCCGCUGCUCCCACUCGCCUUUCAGAAGCCGAGCUGAGAACAUCAUCCGCUUUGAGCGCUUAGGCGCAGUGAUUACAUCCUAUCAGAGAGAGAUAGAGAGAAAGUCCUGUUUUUCGCCAGUCUUUAAUCAGGAGUUGAAUUUGUUAAGGUUUCGGCGCUGCGCAUGGUGUAGUUUUCCUUUUUUUUCUUCACUGCUCGUGUGGAAUAUGUAUGUGUUAGACCUGAAGUAAAGAAGAGGCACAGAGAGUGUCGGCUAUGCGUCCUGGCUCCAGCCUGCAAUGUUUGCGCUGACGCCAAAACUCACAGACCGGUGCUGAAUUGAUUAAAACAGCGAAGCUCGGAUCAAAUGGCUGUGCUUCUCACAGCUGAAACGACGCAAUGUUCCACUGACCCGAGGCAAAGGAGAAUAAUUUCACAAUCGGACAGCCCUGUUGCUGUUUGUUUUACUGCCUUUUUGUGGACAGAGGAAAUUGGAAAUGCUCAUUGCUUGUAAGAAAAAGGAAUAACACUUUUUUGGUUUUGUCUUUAAGUGCACUUUGUUAAAGGGUGAAAAGAUGAUUUGGUUUAUAUUCCUGCUCUCCAUCCUGAAUGGAGCUGCCUCUCAGCUGCAUUACUCUGUGCCAGAGGAACAGGAGACUGGCUCUGUGGUUGGGAAUAUUGCAGAGGAUUUGGGUCUGGACAUCACCAAACUUUCCGCUCGCCGCUUUCAGACGGUGCCUAGUUCGAGAACACCUUAUCUGGAGGUGAACUUAGAGAAUGGUGCGCUAGUGGUGAAGGAGAAAAUUGACCGGGAAGAAAUCUGUAAGCAGACCAUCCCGUGCCUCUUACACCUGGAGGUGUUUCUGGAGAAUCCACUGGAGCUCUUUCGCGUAGAGAUUGAGGUGAUGGAUAUCAACGACAAUCCGCCAAGCUUUCCCGAGACAGACAUUUCCGUGGAAAUAUCGGAGAGCGCAAUCCCCGGGACCCGUUUCCCGGUGGAAAAUGCCUUCGAUCCUGACGUGGGCACAAAUGCGCUCAGCACAUAUGCCAUAACGAACAAUAACUAUUUUUACCUAGACGUGCAGACACAGAGUGACGGGAACAAGUUCGCAGAGCUGGUGUUGGAAAAGUCGCUGGAUCGAGAGCAGCAGGCGGUGCAUCGCUACGUGCUGACGGCUGUGGACGGGGGCAUCCCACAGCGGACCGGGACGGCUCUUCUGGUCGUUAAAGUUCUGGACUCUAAUGAUAACGCGCCCACUUUUGACCAGUCUGUGUACUCUGUCAACCUGCGGGAAAACUCUCCUGUUGGCACUUUGGUCAUACAGCUAAACGCCACUGAUGUUGACGAGGGACAAAACGGGGAAGUCGUUUAUUCUUUCAGUAGUCAUAACACCCCGCGGAUAAAGGACUUAUUUAAUAUUGAUGCAAGAACAGGUAGGAUAGAGGUCGCAGGUGAGGUGGACUUUGAAGAGAGUAACACGCAUCAGAUUUAUGUACAGGCUAAAGAUCUAGGGGCCAAUGCGGUCCCCGCUCAUUGCAAAGUGCUGGUCAAACUCAUAGACGUGAACGACAACACACCAGAAAUCGGUUUCAGCACUGUGACUGAAUCCGUGAGCGAGCAGGACGCACCGGGCACCGUGAUUGCACUUUUCAGCGUCUCAGACCGGGACUCAGGUGAGAAUGGACACAUGAGCUGUGAGAUAUUAGGAGAUGUUCCUUUCAAGCUGAAGUCAUCUUUUAAAAACUAUUACACCAUUGUAACGGACGGACCGUUGGACAGAGAGAACACAGAUUCUUACACUAUCACUGUGGUGGCCAAAGAUAAGGGUACGCCUUCCCUCGCUACCAGCAAGUCCAUUAAAGUGCAUGUCUCCGACGAGAACGACAAUGCGCCCCGUUUUACGCAGGCUGUUUACGAUGUGUAUGUGACUGAGAAUAAUGUGCCUGGUGCUUUCAUUCACGCCGUGAGUGCUUUGGACCCUGAUAUAGGACAGAACGCUCUCAUAACUUACUCCAUAUUGGAGUGUGACAUACAAGGCAUGUCUGUUGACACCUAUGUGUCCAUAAAUCAGGACACGGGCUACCUUUACGCGCUGCGCUCUUUUGACUAUGAGCAGCUGAAAGAGUUCAGCUUCAUGGUCCAAGCUAAAGACUCCGGUGCGGCUGAGCUCUUCUCUAAUGCCACAGUAAAUGUAAUCAUCGUUGACCAAAAUGACAACGCUCCCACUGUAAUAGCCCCCAUCGGGAAAAAUGGCACAGCCAAAGAACACCUGCCGCGCUCUGCGGAGCCCGGCUACCUUGUGACGCGCAUUGUGGCCAUGGAUGCUGAUGAUGGUGAGAACGCACGGCUGUCCUACAGUAUCCUUCGAGGCAACGAGAUGGGGAUGUUCCGCAUGGACUGGAGGACAGGGGAGCUGAGGACAGCCCGCAGGAUCUCUCCAAAGCGGGACCCGCAGGGCUACUACGACCUGCUGAUUGAAGUGAGGGACCACGGUCAGCCCCCUCUUUCCUCAUCGGCUAGUGUGAGUGUAAUAUUAGUGGACAGUGUGGUCGAAGGCCGCAGCGGGGAUCGUGGGUCGGCCUCCAGGGCAAAGGAGACCUCCCUUGACCUCACCCUUAUUCUCAUCAUCGCCUUGGGCUCUGUGUCCUUCAUAUUCCUCCUAGCUAUGAUCGUGCUGGCCGUGCGCUGCCAAAAGGACAAGAAGCUAAACCUGUACACGUGCCUUCUGGCCGGUGACUGUUGCCUGUGCUGCGGCUCCUGCUGUAGCAGAGGGGCUCGAGGCCGGAAACAGAAGAAGCUGAGCAAAUCUGACAUAAUGUUAGUUCAAAGCACUAACGUGACGUCAGGGGUCGGCCCUGUGGGGCAGGUGCCCGUGGAGGAGUCUGGUGUGGGCAGCGUGGGAGGGGGUUUUGGCUCCCACCAUCACCAAAACCAGAACUCCUACUGCUACCAGGUGUGUCUGACACCGGAGUCCGCCAAAACGGAUCUCAUGUUCCUCAAACCAUGCAGCCCCUCUCGCAGCACUGACACGGAUCACACUAACCCCUGCGGCGCCAUAGUCACAGGUUAUAGUGACCAACAACCGGACAUCAUAUCCAAUGGCAGCAUUCUGUCUAAUGAGACAAAACACCAACGCGCAGAACUCAGCUACCUGGUGGACAGACCCAGACGUGUCAACAGUUCAGCAUUCCAAGAGGCGGAUAUAGUCAGCUCCAAAGACAGUGGUCAUGGCGACAGCGAACAAGGUGACAGUGAUCACGAUGCCACUAACCGGGGUCAUUCGGCUGGUGCUGACCUUUUCUCAAACUGCACGGAGGAGUGCAAGGCUCUGGGUCAUUCUGACCGCUGCUGGAUGCCAUCCUUUGUGCCAUCCGAUGGGCGCCAGGGUCCGGACUACCGCAGUAACCUGCACGUACCCGGCAUGGACGCCACACUGCCCGACACUGAGGUACCCUCCUCCGUCAACCUUUCUGACCAACUCACCAUGACCGCGUCCACCGUCUCGACCACCGAUAGGUCAUUCUCCACCUUUGGCAAGGACGGUCAAAGGUCACAGUCACACCACAGCCUUCACCAUCACCUUCAUCAGCAACAGCAGCAGUACAGCUCCAGCACGCUAGAGAGGAAAGAGUAUGAUAGGGGGACCCUACCGUACAAACCCACCUUUCUCUCCCGCAAAAGGAUUUGCUAGCUCUUUCCACGUGGACCUGUCGGAGACAGCGUGAAUUUCUGUACUAGACCACCAACACUGAUAGACAGCGAAUUAAAACGUAACAAGCAGCAACCUGGACACAGCAACCUUGGUUAAGCUUCAUUAUCUGGUGUGGUGAGCUGUAACAAAGCCUUGGCAGUGGUUGCCAGGGGAGGAGAGAAAACAUAAAUACUGAGUAGCUGUAAACCUCUAGAUAUUCGAGGAGCAAUCCAAGGCCUUAUUCCUCUCAGCAGGACUGAGAUCAGGGCCACAGCACUUGACAUGUGGAAAUUAUUAAGUCAUCAGCAGAAGUGAGGAACUGAAACAAACAGGAAUACAAAACAAGAAGAGGAGGGACCGAUUUACAAAGAGAUUCUUUUUUUGGGGGGUGGGGUUGAACAUUUUGGAGUUAACCUCUAGAAAUCUGUGUGUGCCUGUUUACAUGAAGAAAAAAACUAAUGUUUCUGUACAAACUUCAACCAAUGUUACACGGAACCCUUUAGCUACAGUAUUUCUAUGGUCACCACUAAGCCAACUGUACAGAGACUCAUAGAAGAGGGGACUGAGUGGGAGACAGAGGAUUAGACAAAGAGAGAGAGACAGUGCAGGUCUUGUACAGGUGUAAAAUGACAUUAAAAAAGAAGUGGAAGGGGACAAGCAGAGAUAAUGUGCAGUACUAUAAAUUCCGUAACUCCGUUUCUUUUUUUUUUUUUUUUACUUGACUGUCUUUAUAAUACUUAUUUUUUGUUUCAGUUAUUCUUUCUGUGUUGUUAAAGUGUGCAGACUUUGACAUGUUCCAACUUAUCGUGACAGACAGGAAUAUGAGGUCCUCAAGACAGGUUCAGUCCUUUUUCAAGUUUAGCCACUUCAGGAAGGAGAUUUUGACAAACACUGUGUGGAAAAAAAGAAAGCUUAAAUAAAACCAAUGUUGCGUUUUUACAAUAAAGUAUCACAAAUGUGAAUUUUUCUCAUUUUUAAACUAGUGACUAUCACUUUCUAAGUUCCUUCCUGAGCUGACUGCAGAGAAAGUGAAAUGACCCUUUACUAGGAUGUAGUUCUCGCCAUUGGCCUAUACAUAAACAAUCAGACACACUCAGUGGUUUUAUCAUGUGUGCAAAGUGUUUACUGUGCUAUUUUAAAAGCGUUUAAAGCGUUUAAAUAUAAAUCUAUAUAUAACUAUAUAUAUCAAUAUAUAUAUAUAUAAUAUACUUUUUUUCUGAAAACUGUGUAAUCAUUGAUUAGUUUCUACACCUCGUUAUGUCAUACAAACUAAUAAUACCAAGUGCUACAAUAUCAAGACAUUGUUAAAUGAGGAGGAGCUGAGUCAUCAGAAAAACAAGCAACACACCAAGGAUUAAGUUGAUGUUCUUAUUUGAUUGUUACUUUUCACUGUUUACAGAUGCUGGGCCUUGUUGUGUGUAGCAAAGACACCAGUUGCGUUGUUUUGUUUUUUUGGCCUUUUGUGUAUUAUUAAAAGCAGAAAAUGUGUUCAUGUACAGGAAGGAGGACUAUCACAACUGAGCUAGCUAUCAAAGGUUAUACAAUCAUACAAGAGAGGACUAAACACAGAUAAUUAUGGACAUAAUCAGGCAGUACAUGGUGAGGCACUAACUGUUGCACACAUGCGCACUCACACACACAGGUCAAG